GCAUGCAUGCUUUAGCCUAAGCAACGACCAGAAACCAUAAAAUGUCUUCAUCACAUUAUAGCCUUCUGAUGUUUCUGAUACUUAGCUUAGCUUGCGCUGCUACAGGCGAGAACUUAGAAGAUUACAAUAUUCCGAAGCUGAGCGUCCACCGCCCAACGUUGGUUCGAGAUCCUGCACGGGUGGUUCAAGCUUCUAUGGCGACAAAGGAUUUCCAAACUUUCUUUUACAACCAAACGCUGGAUCAUUUCAACUACAGGCCCGAGAGCUACAACACCUUCAAACAAAGAUUCGUAAUCAAUUUCAAGUACUGGGGCGGCGCGGAUUCACAUGCCCCGAUCUUCGUUUAUCUUGGUGCAGAAGCACCCAUCGAUGGAGACAUAGCUAACAUUGGGUUCCUCACGGAUAAUGCAGCUCAAUUUAGAGCGCUUAUAGUCUAUAUAGAGCAUCGAUUUUACGGUGAAUCAAUCCCGUACGGGUUGACAUUUGAAGAAGCUCUGAGUGAUAACAACGCUCGUGGAUAUUUCAGCUCAGAGCAAGCUCUUGCCGAUUAUGCAGAAAUCCUCAUACACCUGAAGCAGAAGUUGAAUGCCAAACAAUCUCCAAUAAUCGUCAUUGGAGGAUCAUAUGGGGGGAUGCUAGCAACAUGGUUCCGAUUGAAGUACCCUCACGUGGCUCUCGGAGCUUUGGCAUCAUCUGCUCCAGUUCUCUACUUUGACGACAUCACACCCCAGGACGCAUACUUUUCGGUUGUAGCAAAAGACUUUUUGGAUACUAGUCCUUCUUGUCACCAAACAAUAAGACUAUCCUGGGAAGAAAUCCAUAGAGUUGCUUCUGAGCCUCAUGGUCUCACGAAGUUGAGCAACACCUUCAAAACUUGCAGUCCACUGCAAAGUUCAUCAGAUCUCACGAGUUACCUGAGAACACUGUACGCAAAAGUUGCUCAGUACAACGAUCCAUCCACACAACCCUUGAAACUUAUGUGCGAUGCCAUUAAUGGAGCUUCUCCUAGAAUUGGCAUUCUUUGGAAAAUCUUUGCAGGCCUUGUUGCCGUCAAUGGCAACUUAACAUGCUACGUCAAUCCCACUUCUGGUGGAACAGAUGAAACUCAGUUGGGUUGGACUUGGCAGAUAUGCAGUGAGCUGGUGAUCCCUUUGGGCAUUACCAGAAACACUAUGUUUCCACCAGCACCUUUCAAUCUAAAUAUCUUCAGCAAUGCCUGCAAAAGUGUGUUCGGUGUCCCGCCUCGGUCGCAUUGGGUCACUACCUAUUUCGGUGGUCAUGACAUAAAACUUGUUCUGCAUAGGUUCGCUAGCAACAUUAUUUUCUCCAAUGGACUUCAAGAUCCUUAUAGCAGCGGCGGGGUCCUGAAGAAUAUUUCUAGCACCGUUGUCGCGAUCUACACAACCAAAGGUUCUCAUGCUUUGGACAUACUUCUAGCUAAGAAGAGUGAUCCAGAUUGGUUGGUCCAACAACGCGAGACUGAGAUUGAGAUUAUGGGAAAGUGGCUCACCACGUACUAUGCGGAUCUUCGCGAUUUUGGAAAUUGAUCUCAUAUGGGAAAGUAGUGAAAAUAAGAUGGUAAUAAGGUGAGAGAAUAAAGGCCAUGACGUUUCAUCUUUCUUGUAAAAACUGUUAUUUUUACAUAGUGGUGA